AUGACGAUCGCACACGCACACAAACUGCUCGGCCGGGAACUCCUCACCGUUGCGGAAGCCCUUUUGGGUCAGCAUCAAGACGUGCGACAGGCGUUGGUUUCGCUGCUAGGCACCGUUGAGGGUGAGUCCGAACCCACCGUCGCUGCCUGUUCAAUGCUCCACCCACCGAUGAACACCCUCUCCCCCUGA